AACUAAACAGCUCGCAGCUUGCUCCAUACACACUCUCACUUCUAAGUUUUAAAUCCUAUCUUUGUAAUUAAGAUGCAGGCUUCUUGGGAUCAUUAUUCUGACGACAAUGAUGAUCCCUUUUUGCCUAAGUGCUUAGAUAAAAGCCUUUGCAAGGGGAUUUUGGGCGCCACCUUAAAUCACAAAAAGCAAGGUCCAGUGCUGGCCUUCACGGAGGAGGAGCUGAGAAACGUCUUUAGGCGAUAUGAUGCGGAUGGAGACAGCCAUCUCAACAAGCAAGAGCUUAAGAACGCCUUCACUAGCCUUGGCUCGCGUUUCCCAGGUUUUCGAGCUUCUCUGGCACUGCUCCAUGCUGACAAGAACCGGAAUGGGUUGAUAGACCAGACCGAGUUUGAAACACUUGUCAAGUAUACUUUCAAGCGUGGUUAUAAGUACCGUUAGGAAGUAGGCCCUUAGUUAUCACCGGGAAAAGAAGAUGUCUCCCUAGCCUCUUUUAGGGAAGAUGUUAUUAACUGCAAGUAUAUAUGUAUAUGUUACCAUCGAAAAUUAUCAACUACUAUGUUAAGCUUUUUUUAAUUUUUUUUGAUGAAAAGUUUUUUUUUUCUUUUAUGGAAACUACCAUGUUAAGCUUAGGUAAUUAAGCUUGAAUGAGCAA